AUGGUCGCUCUACUCAAACGUCUUUUUGGCAAGUCGCCGUCUACGUCAGCCUACGCGCCAAUUGACAACGACGAUGCCGGUACAUACUCCAAGGAAGCGACCAAGGUCUCCGCGUUCUUUUUCCUGUCACCGGCACAGCUCUGGGUCGACUCGCUCAUCGCGCGCGUCAACAAGGCGGGCGAGAUUGAGCAGUCCUGGCUCCCGCAAUUCAAGCGCAAUACCACGACACUCCGCGCGCUGUACGAGCCGCUCCAAGACGGCGUAUGGCCGUUUCUACUGCAAUUCGAAAUUGGCGGCAUGCUCCUCCUCGGCGCCCUUCUCGAGAUUGCCAGCUUCACGGCGUCGCUCGGCGCGCCUCUGAUCCUGCACCGCUUCCUGCAGACCCCAAACAGCAUCCCCCUCGCAUGGGCGCUCGUCGCGGCCACUUUCCUCGCCACCGUCUGCGGCCGCGCCAAGGACCAGGUGUGCCGCGUGCACGCCGCGUGGAUCGAGUGCAUGCUGCGCAGCGUCAUCUUUACCAAGAGCCUGAAGCUCUCGCCCGCGGCGCGCGUCGCCCACCCGUCCGCCAAGAUUAUCAACGUCAACGCUGUAGACGUUGGCUUCCUGACCAACUAUGUUUUAAAAAUCCACGACGUCUGGAGCGCGCCGUUGCAGAUUGUCGGGAUUGGCGUUUUGACAGUGUCGGUCAUGGGCUGGACGAGCUGCGCCGGCUUUGCGCUCGUGUUUGCCAUUUUUGUUUCGCAGACGAGCUUGGGCAAACGCCUCGGCAAGUCAAUUGGCGCAUACAUUGCGCAUAAUGACAGACGCAUUGGCUUUUUGAGAGAUAUGCUUAACAAUAUUAAAAGCGUCAAGGCAAGUGCCAUGGAGGGCGUCUUUCAGGACAAAAUCACAUCCGCGCGUAAUGAUGAGCUGGGCGUGCUGCGCUACUACCUGACAACCUCGUUUGCCAUGUUCACUGCCAUUAACCAGACGACUCCAUACCUCGCAGCGUGCGCCGCGUUCUUGACCUUUGCGAUGGCCGGUGAGACGCUGACAGCCGAUGUCGUCUUUCCCUGUCUGGCAUACUUUCAGCUUCUGUACCAACCCGUCACUCUCGCGUCACUUGCUCUGUCGCGCCAAUUUUCCGUCAAGCCAUCGCUCGGUCGUGUGCGAGAUUUGCUCACAGCUUCCGAGUCUCGCAUCAACACUGGUGACAUCCGUGACGGCUCAUCCGCCGCCAUCGCUUUCGACUCGGCCAUCUUUGAAUGGCCCUGUGAGGGAGACAGCACCCCGACAUCUCUUGUUGUCGGGAGCCUCAAUAUUCCCCGUGGUAAAAUAACUGCUGUUAUUGGCUCCAAUGGGUCUGGAAAGACGUCUUUGCUCCAAUCGAUACUAGGCGAGAUGAUUUUGAGCAAAGGCUCAUGUAUCGUCAACGGCUCUGUGGCAUACUGCUCGCAGGAUCCGUGGAUCGUUUCCGGAGAUCUCAGCGAUAAUAUUGUUUUUAACAGCACUAGAGGAUUUGACCGCCAGCGUUACCAGAGUGUAGUUCGGGCCUGUGGACUGGACAAAGACUUUGCCAAGCUGCCUGGCGGUAUCGAGCACGCCGCCGUUGGCGAGGCGGGCACAAACCUCAGCGGUGGACAGCGCGCUCGUGUCUCUGUCGCGCGUGCUCUGUACUCUGACGCUGGAAUUUUGCUUCUCGACGAUCCUCUGUCGGCUCUGGAUGCGCACGUGCGCAGUGAUCUUUUUGGAGCUAUUCACACAUCUGGCAAGACUGUUGUGUUAGUCACUCUUCACACAUCCUUCGUUUCUCAGGUCGACAAUGUCGUCGUCGUCGACAACAACAAGACACGCUGGUCCGGCCUCAAAUCCGAAUUUCUUCUGCAGGACUGGGUUUCUGACUAUGUUCGCCACGAAAAUGACAAAGAACAAUCUGACAGCGCUUCUGCCGGGAAAUUAGUUACCUCCCAGCCCAGCACCAAUGAAGAAUCUACUGCCAACACCGACAGCCCCCUCGACUGCUUCUGGCAAGAAGAGGAACGCGCCCGCGGCGCCGUCCACUUUUCCGUCUUGAGCUUCUACAUUCGUGAAUCCGGCGGCACCGCGCACGCCGUCGCCAUCGCGCUCAUGACCUGCCUUCUUACCACUGCCAAAGUCAUUUCGCAAUACUGGUUCGUUUGGUGGAUCGCCGACUGGUUUAGCCUCGCGCAGAGCCAGUACAUGGGUAUCUUUCUGGGGCUCACGCUGUUUCAGGGCGUUGUCACGGCGGCGGUGGGCAUCACGCUCGUUGGUAGCAGUUUAAGAGCCGCUAGACGCGUGCACGAACGGAUCUUGGGCAACUUGGUGGGUGCGCCGCUGUGGUUCUUUCAGCAGAACCCGACGGGACGAAUUCUGAACCGCAUGUCGAGAGACUUGGACUCGAUGGACAGCAGGCUGAUGAAUGCCAUUGAUGGACUCCUGGCUGCGGCGUUUCCGAGUCACCGCCCGGGAGGUGCAAAGACUUGA